AUGUCUGGCCACCGUUCACUCUCCGACAUCCAGGACAUCCUCUACGACGUAUUCCCACUCUUGGAUCCUGACGACUAUGGUGUCGAGGCGCAGCUCAUCCGCAGAACCCUCCUCGCUGCUGGACUGACAUGUCGCAACUUCAUGCGCCCUGCAAUCACCGUUCUGUGGAGAUCGCUGCCGGGAGAGCGGCCGUUGGUAUCCCUGCUGCUCGCCCUGGGGAUGGCGGGGCCUCGGUCGGAACCUUCAAGCAUUGACAUCGAUGGGGAUCAACCAAGCUGUCUUGCUAUCCCUCAGGGCUUGUGCACCCUCCCACCAGGUGGCCUACGCACCCAUUCCCACUGGGGUCGCUUCCGUGAGUACGCGAACCAAGUGCGCAAAAUCAACCUCGAUACUGUUGUGUGGAACUUUGGUCCUUCAUUAUGGAGCGAUUUGCUGCCUUCGAUGGACGGAGAGCCGAUCCUGCCGCGCCUCCUCUCCGUGCGCGUUACUAUCAAGAACAUGGUGGGUCCGUCCAGCCGAUCCGGGAUUGGCAACCUCCCACUGUUGUCGCCCACUGUCAAAGACAUGACCUUGGUCGCGACGAAUAGGCAUCCAGUCUCGGCCUCUUCAUUCUCUGCCGCAAUUAAAGCGCUCUUUACCUCUUGUCCAAACGUCGAGCAGUUGUCACUUCCUUACUGGGUGGACCUCCAGCUUACCCAACAUCUCCCUAAUCUUCGUCGUCUCAACAUGGACAGACACUUGUGGUCGGCAGCGCAUCUCUCCUCCCUCACCUCCGCCCUUGUUCUCGAUCACCUAACAUUCAUGAUAUGCACGGAGUCUGCACGAACUCCCUUCACACAGGCCUCUCUUGCUGACCUCGGCAUUGGUGGCGAAUGGGAGAACAUCCACGACUUCAUUGACGACACCAAUCUCCCUGCGGUACGCUCCUUGUCCACCUCCAGCCCUCUACAUCGGUCUUCAGACGCCCUUCGCGACUUCCCGGCUCUUCUGACUCUCAUCCCCUCCCGUCUCCCGCAUCUGACCAAGUUGCAUCUCCAUGCCGCCCCGAACAUGGUCCCCGAGCAGCGCGCGUUCGGCCGUCCGCCGCCCGUCCUUCCUUUCCACCCCAACGCCUUGCACGAACUCCUCAAGCCGCUCUUCUCGCUCCGCGACCUGGUAGACUUCAAGCUGAACCUCGAGGACCUGGUGUUGCGCUACUCCUCCAACGACCUCCGCUCCAUUGCUGCCACGUGGCCGGCGCUCCACGCGCUACACAUCACCUUCGAGACGUCGGACGGCGACGGCCGCAUCCCAAACUCCACGGACGGAACGCGCGCACGCCUCGACGCGCUCGCGCACCUCGCGCGUGGAUGCCCGCGGCUUCGUGCCUUACACCUCCCCGCGAUGGACGCCUUAUCGGAGACGAUCGAGGGCGAGAUGCUGCGCGAGCUCGAGAUCGACCGGAUUGUGUUCGUGGACGACGUCGGGCACGUGGACGUGACGGCGUUCAUGCGGAUGUUGUUCCCGGGCGUGCACCUCCCGAGCGAAGAGCAGACACCGAUGAUCGAGGUGAACGACGAGGGAGGUGGGCGGUCGUUGCACAUCUAG